UGGUUUAUAUUGAUAGGUUGCCUUGUUGUGCAAGGGAUAAAUACAAAAGUUUGAAUAGAAUAGGAGAUAGAGUAGAUGGAUGAGGAGGUUGAGAUUACAACAAUAUCUCUAUAUUCUAACAGUCGGGAGCGGCAGGAUAAUGCAAAGGAGAAUCGUUGCAGCGAGGGGAGCUGCCAACGAGCGAGAUAUGACGCGGUGACAGGUGAGGGAAGCAGCCCAGCAGCGAUAUAUGAUGUGGUGGCCGCUGAUUGGUUCAUCGAUUGCAUGAGCUUCAUGAAGGGAUGAGAAUUGACAAAACUGCCCUAGUACGUACGAUGUGCCCAAGCCCUCUAUAAAAGCUAUACACCAGCCACCUCUUUCGACUCAACUGUAGUCUUCCAUCGUUAAACGUCUCUCCACAAUGGCGAAACCAUCCCAAUCCGUCCUUGUGCAACUCGCGGCGGCCCUCCUCUUCCCGCUCGCCCGCUCCGACGCCGCCAGCCCCACCUCCACCGUGUACGACGAGCUCCGCAGCCGUGGCUUCCCGCGCGGCCUGCUCCGGGCCAACGUCACACUCGACGCUGGUUCAGAGGACUUCGCUCUAGACCUCAUCUCCAGUUGCCGCAUCCUUCUGCCCGCGUACUUCUGCCUCACACGGAGGCCCGUCGCCGUGGGGUUCGACCGGUCGCUGCAGCACGACGAGUUCAUGGGCUCGCUGCGCCACGAGCUCUCCGGACACGUCGACGAGCUGCUCGGCCGCGUCGUCGCCGACCCGGCCGCGAGGUGCCUUGUCACUGGCACCUUCUUCGUGUUGCCGGUGACGGCGGCCAGGAAGUUGGGCAUCACUUACGCGACGGAGCCCGCGCUCAUCUUCAACCUCUACCACCGCGUCCACCUGCUCACCAAGAACGGACACUUCAGAUGCAACGAGCCUCGGAAGGACACAAUCACGUACAUCACAAGCAUGCCGGCGAUCGAGCCGCGCGAGCUCAUGUUGUACCUCCAGGAGACGGACACCACUACUCUCAACCAGGAUGAUCCAAUUCAAUCGGGCCCCCAUCCCCUCCCUGUCGUGACCAGCCCAGCUCCUUCCCUUUUGUCACAUUGUUGCUUUAUCGGCGGCGGCGGCCAACAUCCUCUUGCUCCCUGGUCACAACCACUCUGCAACGUUGCUAACCUCCACCAUCCGUCUCCGCUGCUACUCGCCUUCAUCGUGCCGCUGCUCACCUCCACCGCGCUACUGCUCGCCCGUUGUCGUACCGCCACGUUGCUGCUCACCCUCCUGUCACUGUUGAUCCCUACCGUUACUCGCCCUCUCGCCAUUGUUGAUAUGCGCCGAUGCGCUCCUAGGUCUGUGAGAUCAAGUUUGGGGAUUAAGACUUAUUUCCUCCACUUCCUCGUUGUCGUUCUCCUCCUCGCCGGUGAAGCCAACUCCCGAAUCACCACCAAAGAGCAUAAGACGCUCCUGGCUAUCAAGAAAGAGUGGGGCAAUCCCCCGCAGCUUGCGUCGUGGGAUACAACUGACCAUUGCAGCUGGCCUGGUGUCAGUUGCAUGGCACGCGGUGGAGGCCUAGUUACGGGGCUUUCCUUCAAGCGUUUAAACCUUACCGGCAACAUUCCUCCGUCUAUGUGCAACCUUAAGUACCUGAUUCACCUUGAUUUUUCAUACAACAAGCUCACCGCGAGAUUCCCCGGCAUCACACUCUAUGCCUGCUCCUGGCUUCGGUACCUUGAUCUCUCAAACAAUUGCUUCCAUGGAGUGCUUCCUCAAGAUAUUAGCCGGCUAGCACCAUCUUUGAAGCACCUGAACCUGACUAACAACAACUUCAGUGGUGUUCUCCCAAUGGCGAUUGCCGAGCUUUCGGCACUCCAGAACCUGCUUCUUGACACAAAUGGCUUCACCGGUGAGAUUCCAGAGGCAUUCUCAAGCCUAAAGGAACUAACCACAUUGGACCUGUGGGGAAACAAGCUUAGCGGUUCGAUCCCUGUCUGGAUCUGGCAGCACCAGAAGCUCGAGUUCCUAUACUUGUAUGACAACAGACUCACGGGGGAGCUGCCGUGCAACAUCACUGCAGUGAAUUUGAUUGAGAUAGACUUGUCAUCGAACAAACUCACUGGUUGCAUACCAGAAGACUUUGGGACUCUCAAGAAAAUAACAGAUAUCAUCCUAUACCACAAUGAGUUUACAGGGCCCAUACCGAGAAGCAUUGGCUUCCUUCCUAACCUCCGUUUCUUCCAGUUGUUUGACAAUAUUCUCUCAGGUGAGGUGCCACCAGAACUUGGGAAGCACUCACCGCUUGAGAAUUUUGAGGUCUACAAUAACAACUUGUCUGGCUUACUACCGGAACAGUUAUGUGCCAAUAGGAAACUAUUCAACAUAGUAGUUUCUAACAACAGCUUCUCGGGCGAGCUCCCAGCAAGCAUUGGCAACUGCCUAUCGUUGAAAAACAUUAUGCUCGAGAAUAACAACUUCUCAGGAGAGUUUCCAGUGAAUAUAUGGUUAUUGCCGUUGGUGCAUAGAAUAUUAAUAUCGGACAAUGACUUCAUUGGUACUAUGUCGGAAAAAAUCUCUUCGAAUAUCUCUCGAAUUGAGAUGCAGAACAACCACUUCUCCGGCCCGAUCCCAACAUUUGCGACUGGGCUAUUGGUUUUGAUGGCACAAAAUAACCAACUGUCGGGAAAGCUACCACUUAACCUAAGCAAUCUCCACAGGCUUUCCGAUUUGUCAAUAAGUGGGAACAACAUAUCUGGAUCAAUACCACCAUCAAUAGUAUUGUUACAGAAUCUCAAAUCACUUGACCUCAGCAACAAUCAUAUAUCAGGUGCAAUACCACCAGCUAGCAUUGGGAGUAUUUUAUCACUGACACUGCUUGAUUUGUCCAGCAACGAGCUAACAGGCAAUAUUCCACCUGACUUCGGCAACCAUCCAAUUAAUUCCCUCAAUCUUUCAUUUAACCACCUCCAUGGGGAAGUGCCCCUCCCUCUGCAAACUGUAAAUUAUAACUACAGCUUCCUUGGAAAUCCUGGGCUUUGUGCCAAGUGGGGCUCGAGGAUACAUCUCCACAAAUGCCACAGAGGCGCCCACCUGAUAAUCUGGUUAGUGCUUGGUCUGACUGCAGUCAUCGCUUGCAUCAUUGUCAUAUGGUUGUUCUUCCGACGCCGGAAGAAGACAGAAGUGGUGGAAGAAGUGGUGACAGAUUGGAAAAUGUCAACAUUCACACCUGAUCUGGGCUUCACGGAAUCCGACGUGCUUAGCAACAUAUCUGAAGAGAAUGCUAUCGGCAAAGGCGGGUCUGGGAAGGUGUAUCGUGUCCACCUUCCUAGCCUUGAUGGUUCCAGCAACAACAGAAUAGUAGCUGUCAAGAAGAUCGACCCCGAAAGGCUGGACGGCAUGCAGUUCGACUCGGAGGUUAAGACAUUGGGCAGCAUCAACCAUAAUAAUGUCAUCAAGCUGCUCUGCAGCAUCUCGAGUCAAGAUACCAAGCUGCUUGUCUACGAGUACAUGGAAAACGGUAGCCUCGACGACUGGCUGCACGGCCGCAAGGGCGACGGCGACACUGAACAAUUGAGUUGGCCGAGGAGGCUAGCCAUCGCUAUUGAUGCAGCCAACGGCCUCCACUACAUCCACCAAAAGUGCGGGCAGGCUAUUAUCCAUCGGGACAUCAAGUCAGCCAACAUUUUGCUUGACCGAGACUUCCAUGCCAAGAUCGCAGACUUUGGGCUUGCACGAACAGUUAUCAACCCAGGCCAGUCCUCCCACAUUUCAGAACAUCGUGAUGGGACACCCGGAUACAUUGCCCCCGAAUAUUGGGUCAACGGAAGGACGAGCCAGAAGACUGACGUCUAUAGUUUUGGUGUCGUUCUGCUAGAGCUGACAACCGGCCUGGUUGCCAAAGGCGUUGAAGAAUCUGAAGGUUUGGCUGAAUGGGCAUGGAGGAUAUUACAGGAUAGCCCCUCCUCAAUCAAAGACAAAAUCGACCAGCGUAUCCGUGGCUCGGCCCACUUGGAAGAUAUCAUUGUGGUGCUGAAACUCGGUGUAUUCUGCACGAGUCCUCGGGCGGAUAUGCGGCCGUCCAUGGAGGAUGUCCGUACCCAGCUUAUGAAGACACAGGCUGGGGCUGAGUCCAUGUUGCGGAAGACACAGGCUGGGGCUGAGUCCAUGUUGCGGAGGAGCUGGUCCAAGGGUGAGACCUCCAGCAGUCAGUAUGAUGACGGCCGGCGCGACUCUGCAGCGCAUAAAAAGACCAAGAGUAAUUAAGGUGGAUCAUGUUGCCGUUGGAGAUCACUUGGCGCCUCCCUCUAUCUAACCAGAUGAUGUGGCUCGCUUAGCUGAAACUUGGUGCAUCAUGCACGAGUCCUGAAGCGCAGCUGCGGCCGUCCAUGAUGCUCGUCAUUACGGAGCUCAUGCGCCUCGACCGGAUACCUCGCAGGAGUGGGUCUGAGAGGGGCACCUCCAGCAGUCAGUCAGUAUGGCGUCCGGCGCGAGUCAGUAGUACGCUCGUCAUUUUGCUGCAACUCCAGCAGUCGAUCUAGAGUAAUUAAGGUACGGUCAGCUCUAUAUCACUCGUAUUGAACUCAGUGUUGUCGUUGUAGGCAGUCACAUUUGUCAGUACGUUGGUUGUCUAGCCGGACUAACUUAUCGCAUCUGUAUCAUUCGUCGUUUAUUCAUGUUAUUAAGUCGGCCGUUUGCCGGCCACCCA